CAGGUUGACUCACUGCUCAGCAGUCAGGGCGGCGUCUCACUAUAAAACCUCUGCUGCACUUUUUCCCGACCAUUACACAUUCCCAUCUCUCCUCUGCCGACGACGUCCAGCCCAGCCCUGCACGGUAAGAACUAUAUCGUCCAAACACACGUCAGCAGCCAUGCCUUCAGAACUGGAGACGGCCAUGGAGUCACUCAUCAAGGUGUUCCACCGCUACGCCACUAAGGAAGGCAAGAAAUACGGACUCAGCCGGGGACAGCUCAGACAGUUGAUGGAGAACGAGCUGUCUAACUUCCUCAAGUCUCAGAAGGACCCUGCUGCUGUGGACAAAAUCAUGAAGGACCUGGACAGCAACUGUGAUGGCCAGGUUGACUUUGAGGAGUUUGUUUCCCUGGUUGUUGGACUUUCCAUUGCCUGUGAGCAGUGCUACCAGCAGGAAAUGAAGAUGGGGAAGAAGUAAACGACAACAGCUGGAGAAAAGAAAGAAACCAAAAAGCAUGUCAAGUUUUGUAAAGAUAGUUUUGUUCAUUAAAUACACUGAAGAAUUUCAAA